UCGAGUAUAACUAAGAUUACUAUACGUUUGGAAUCUAAGAUUUUUUAGUAAUUACGUAUUUUACGAAUUGCUGAAAUGAUAAAAUAUAAUACAUAUUGUUUACCCAUUAAAAAGUUGUUUAUUAAUUUACAUUUAUGAUUUGUCAAAGACAUCAUUCUCCUAUGGUAAAUCAACAUGAAUAUAGUAAUGAACGUUUCAUGCAAUUGAGAAUUCGUGUAAUCGCUGGCAAAUCGUUGGCGAAGAAAGAUAUCUUUGGCGCAAGUUUUAGUGACCCAUAUGUUCGUAUUGAUGUAAAAAAAAUUGUUGGGAAUAUAACAGUAGAUUCUGCGACAACAAAGACGAAGAAAAAGACAUUGAAUCCAGAGUGGAACGAAGAGUUUAAAUUUCUGGUUAAUCCUGACCAUCAUAAACUUGUAUUUCAAGUUUUUGAUGAACGACGUUUGACUCGCGAUGAUUUUCUUGGAAUGAUAGAAUUAAACUUGAACAAUUUGCCUCGGGAGCAUCCAGAUAGAAAUAUUCAAAGCAAAAUAUACAGUUUAGUCUCGAGAAGGUCAGUCGGUGUUCGAUCCAAAGUUAGAGGUACACUGGAAUUAUAUCACGCAUUUAUCGCUGAAGCAGAAAGUAAUGAGAUACCUCAAAUGUCAGGGGAAGUUCAUAAUACUGAUUCUGACUGGGAACUUAUUGAUGGAACUGAAACUAACACAGAUCAAUCUACGAACAUUGUAACCAUGGAUUCUACCGGACCUUUACCACCAGGCUGGGAAGAAAGACAAGAUGCAAAUGGCAGGACGUAUUAUGUAAAUCAUUUAGCUCGCUCUACACAAUGGGAAAGACCAAUAUUAAGUGAGGUGGAUGAUAUUAACUCAGGACAAAGAAGUUUAGAUGAUGCUGAGGCCGCAUUAGAGAUUUUUCAACGUCGAUUUCAUAUUAGUGCAGACCAUGACAGAAAUGAUGCUACUAGUCAAAAUGAGGAUGCAGUUGAUACCGUUCAUCGUAGAAGUGUAAGCAGUUUGCAGUCCAGCCCAUCACAUCACACAAAUAUAGGAGAUAAUUCUGAUAGUGAGAAUGAUCAGACCUCAGCAGAUUCCAAUCAAACAGUUCCAAGUCAAAUGGAAGGUCUACCCCCAGGCUGGACAAUGCAGCUUGCUCCUAAUGGUAGAACAUUUUUCAUUGAUCACAAUACAAAGAACACGACAUGGGUGGAUCCAAGAACAGGAAGAGCAAGCACAAUGCCCAAUCAGUUGUCAUCUACAAUUACUAAUGAAAAACCAGAAGAUGAACUAGGACCACUUCCUGAAGGUUGGGAAGAGAGAUUGCAUUCAGAUGGAAGAAUAUUUUUUAUUGACCAUAAUACACACACCACUCAAUGGGAGGAUCCUAGGAUGUCUAAUCCUCAGAUAGCCGGACCAGCUGUGCCUUACUCAAGGGACUAUAAACGAAAAUAUGAAUAUUUAAAAUUACAAUUAAGAAAACCUAAUAAUGUACCUAACAAAUUUGAGAUCAAGGUUCGACGCUCUAGUAUUUUGGAAGAUUCAUAUCGCAUAAUAAAUUCUAUAUCCAGAAUAGAUUUACUUAAAACUAAGCUUUGGAUUGAUUUUGAGUCAGAAAUUGGUUUAGAUUAUGGUGGUUUGGCUCGAGAGUGGUUUUUCUUAUUGUCGAAAGAAAUGUUCAAUCCAUAUUAUGGCUUGUUUGAAUAUUCGGCAAUGGAUAAUUAUACAUUACAAAUAAAUCCAUUUAGUGGAAUAUGUAAUGAAGAACAUUUAAACUAUUUUAAAUUCAUUGGACGAAUUGCUGGAAUGGCUGUUUAUCACGGAAAAUUAUUAGAUGCUUUUUUCAUUCGACCAUUCUAUAAAAUGAUGCUUGGUAAGCCAAUCGAUUUGAAGGAUAUGGAAUCUGUAGAUUCUCAAUAUUAUAGUUCAUUGUUGUGGAUAAAAGAAAAUGAUCCAUCAGAAUUAGAAUUAACAUUUUGCGUGGAUGAGGAAACAUUUGGCAAAACAACACAGCGUGAACUUAAACCAAAUGGUGCAAAUAUUGCUUUAAAUAAUGAAAAUAAAGAUGAAUAUAUCAGAUUAGUAAUUCAAUGGAGAUUUGUAUCGCGAGUUCAGGAUCAAAUGAAUGCUUUUCUAGAAGGCUUCAAUGCUUUAGUGCCUUUAACACUUGUGAAAAUUUUUGAUGAACAUGAACUAGAACUAUUGAUGUGUGGAAUUCAGCAUAUCGAUGUUAAAGAUUGGAAAAAUAAUACCCACUACAAAGGCGAAUAUCAUGCAAAUCAUAUGGUGGUUCAAUGGUUUUGGAGGGUUGUGCUUUCUUUUUCUAAUGAGAUGCGAUCUAGGCUGCUGCAAUUUGUAACAGGAACAUCAAGAGUACCUAUGAAUGGUUUUCGGGAAUUAUAUGGUUCAAAUGGACCUCAAGUUUUUACAAUUGAAAUGUGGGGUACUCCUGACAACUAUCCCAGAGCUCACACUUGUUUUAAUAGGAUUGAUUUGCCACCAUAUGAAAGUUAUCAGGCUUUAAGAGAUAAACUCAUCAAAGCUAUUGAGGGAUCGCAAGGAUUUGCCGGAGUAGAUUAAAACAAUGGAUUUACUAUAAAAUACUACGGCUGUCAACAAAUUCUUCGUGUAUUUUAUUUGUGCACUAAUGCAAUUUAUUGUGAUUUUUUUAAGUUCCUUAUCAAUGUUUGUGCUUUCAAUUGUUCAAGCAUGUAAAGUUUCUUAGGGUCAAUUUUAUAUAUCAAUAUAAUAAU